AUGCGGACGCGGAGGAAGUUUGAAAAUAGACUGUACAAUGAUCCCCGCAUUUCCUCAGUAAAAAUUAACUACUGCUUUUGGCUGUAUCAUUUUGAAUUUGACGGCAAUGUCAAAACCUUGCCAGAUACACCUGCAGAAUCAGGUGAUGUAUGCGUGAAUGCCAAAUCCAUAUUUGACGAUUGGUGUCUCAUACCUCUUGAUACACUCGAGAAAAAGGCUGACAAGGCCUCGUUAGCUUAUCAGAUAGUCGAGGAUGUCUGUACAUGGAAAAGCCUCGCAGGUCAACACGUCUGUGCUCCUGUACAACUCAAGUCAGUGUCUGCAGGGAAUCGCCAUGCCCCAACUGUGGAAGCACGUCAGGUGAAUACGUGA